UUUUUAUUUAUCCUCAAAUAACAGUUGUCCGGUCCGAUCCCCAUACUUUUCUCUUAAGAAUUAAUAGACCCCAAAAUCCAUGCAAUUACCUUCUACCGUACUUUUACGUUUUGACUUUGACCAAAUGAAAUUUGGUGAAAUGAAAUUAACAUUUUGACAUUUACCAUUAUGAUUUUUGUCAUUUUGUCUUUUCGUCAUUUCGACACGUUUGAGACAUUUAAUCGCAAAAAUUUUGGCACAAAUGACGAAAUGGUUCUAAUUUUAGCAUUUUACGAGUUAAUUUACUACUCUUUUAUUUCCAGUUUUCGUUUACUCUUUCUGCAUCAAAUUGGAUUUUAAUUAUCUUUUGCGUAACUGCGCAGUUAUUGAUUAUACCAUUUAUAGUUAAUUUGUUAAAUUUCUUUAAAUAUUUACAUAUUUUCUUGAGAUCAACCCAGAAGGUCAAAUUAGCCAGUAGGUAAAAUACAAAUAUUUGGACAGUUAAAGAAGGUGAUCCUGAGUAUUGAUUUGACCUUCUGGGCCUUGACCUUCAGGGCUUUGAUCUCCUGGAGUGGACUGGGUUGGACCUGAUAUUUUCUCAUUUUUGAGGACCAUUUCUGACUAUCUAUUUUCUCGUUUUCGAUUAUUCUAAUUAAAGUCACAUUUCAGGAGUUCUAUUAUUUUUAAAAGUACUGGCCAGUAUUAUAAAAAACGGGCAGUCAUAUUAUUUUUUGCAUUGAUUGUCAUUAAUGCUCAUCAGGGUCUUAUCCCAGACACCAUUAUCUAGUAACAACAAGAACAGUUUUUUCAAUAGAAAGUUUAUUGUUUUAUUUGCACUUGGUGGUGCUUCAGUUACAGCUUUUUGGAUAUAUCGAAGAAAUAUUUAUAAAUUUAUGCAAAACAGGAGAAAAGAGGAUAAAAUGAAUAGAAGGUUAAUUUUUGUUUGGGGGUUUUUGGGACCUACUUUUUCCGAUCUUGUCGUAAAUUUGGGGUUGUCUGCCCUGUUGAAUUUAUAAUACUGGCCAUCCUGCACCUUUAAUCCUAGAAGGAAAUUUUGCUGUUUUCUGU